AUGCAUAAUUUGCUCAAGGGUGGCAAACUCUACCGUUAUGACUAUGAUGUUGAUCUAGAUUUCUUUAUAGCUAAAAGUCGAGGAGGUACAGUUCGUAUUGCCUAUUUGGAUCCACCAAGACUUGUCCUACACCGUGCCUAUUUCCUCCUGAAGAAUGAUGGCUUUGGUGCCUACAACCUCUUCAACAACAACUGUGAAGACUUUGCAAUAUACUGCAAAACAGGGUUGCUAUCGCCAAGGAUCAUUGCCCUCAGCCGUAGUGGACAGAUAGCAUCCGUUUUUGCUGCCAUUUGUGCUAUCAUUUCAUUUCCAUAUUCAUUGGUGCUAACUAGUAUUAGUAAUUUUGUUGGUGGGCUAGCUUUGUGUUAUGUCCUUUACUCAAUCUGCAGACUAUUGUCUGAUAUAGGAUAUCGUAAGGAUGCUCGUAGAGUUGGAGUUUAG